GUGAAAACGGCUGGUUGGAGCAAGGUGGAGAUUGGAAUCAUUUCCGUGUUAAAAUACUGGAUUCAUCAUGGUCAAGCUGUUGAUUUGGAUGUUAAGUGUUUUACUGUUAGAAGUUCAGGGUUAUCCAAGUGGUGCUCCAAGUAGUACUUGUGAAAACAUGACACCAAGCCAUGGGGUUGAUGCUCAAGGCUCUGUUGCACCUUAUGCAGUAACAGCUGACUCAAACUCAUACCAACCAAAUGAUGUCAUUACUGUUACAAUUGAGAAAACUGGGAGUACUGGUUUUAAAGGUUUCAUUCUCCAAGCAAGACGAGCUGAUUCUAGUGUAACCACACCCAUUGGUACAUUCCAGAAUCCAUCCACAACUACCAAUGCUAAACUCAUGGAUUGUUUCUCAGUGGCUGAUAAUACCUUCACACACAGUGACGCAUCUGCCUUGACGCAUGAUUCACUGUCAGUUGAAUGGGUAGCACCGGCCCAGGCACAAGGCAACAUUGAAUUUAG